AUGGCCUCCAACGAUCAUGCGCCCCCAGCGGCGGCCACUGAUGCCGUCCUGGUAAAGUCCGAGGAGAUGCCCAAGGACGCCCAAAAGGUCGAGGAGCUCGACUUCAACAAGCUCAAGGGCCCUAUCACGGCCGAGGACCUCUUUGAGGGAAUGCGUCACAUGGGUUUCCAGGCUUCGUCCAUGUGCGAGGCCGUGAGGAUCAUCAACGACAUGCGUGCCUGGCGAGACCCAGAGACGGGUGACAAGACCACCAUCUUCUUGGGUUACACGUCCAACCUCAUCUCAUCCGGCCUCCGCGGCGUCCUCCGCUGGCUCGUCGAGCAUAACCACGUGUCGUGCAUCGUCACCACCGCUGGUGGUAUCGAGGAGGACUUUAUCAAGUGUCUGGGCGACACCUACGUCGGCUCUUUCAGCACCCCUGGCGCCGACCUCCGCAAGAAGGGCCUUAACCGUAUCGGCAACCUAGUGGUGCCCAACGCAAACUACUGCGCCUUUGAGGACUGGGUUGUGCCUAUCCUCGAUAAGAUGCUCGAGGAGCAAGAGGCUAGUAAGGGGACCGACGACGAGAUCAACUGGACGCCAUCCAAGGUCAUCCAUCGCUUGGGUAAGGAGAUCAACGAUGAGAGAUCCGUCUACUACUGGGCAUACAAGAACAACAUUCCCGUAUUCUGCCCGGCCAUCACCGACGGCAGCCUUGGCGACAUGCUCUACUUCCACACCUUCAAGUCCUCACCCCUGCAGCUCAAAAUCGAUCUUGUUGAGGACAUCCGUCGCAUCAACACCAUCUCUGUCCGCGCGAAGCGGGCUGGUAUGAUCAUUCUCGGUGGCGGCGUCGUCAAGCAUCACAUUGCCAACGCAUGCUUGAUGCGUAAUGGCGCUGAGUCAGCCGUUUACAUCAACACUGCGCAAGAGUUUGACGGUAGCGAUGCCGGUGCGAGACCAGAUGAGGCGGUUUCCUGGGGCAAAAUCAAAAUCGGUGCCGAUAACGUCAAGGUUUACAUGGAGGCGACGGCUUGUUUCCCAUUCAUUGUAGCCAACACAUUUGCCAAGGAUAUUGGCAAAUCUGCAGAGACUUAA